AUGGAGCUUCAAUCCAACACGUCAAACAGAAGCCUUCACACCAAAUCUGCAUGUCAUAAAGCUGGCUCUGUAGCACAUCGGCAUCAUGACAGCGAUCUCAAGUCUGCCAAGGUGAUCGAAGGUUUGGAAGUCAACGGCAAUGAGACUAGGCCAGUAAAUGGCAUCCAGCAAACCCGCCUCCUGGACUCGAAAUCAACACACAGCAGCACCAAUCCGUCACAACCACGGUCUACUCCUCCAGUCGCACCACGGAGGCCGCCUUGCCGUCGUCACAGUCGUUCGAGCUCCUGCCUGGACCCACGACAUAUUCCCAUGGACCAUAAAUAUCCACUACGGAGCUUCAUGUCACCGGACCCAUCGGACCGAAUAGAACAUUGGGCACGAUCAAAGGAGCAGCAGUCCAUUUUCGCCUUGCAUGGAGUUGAUGAAAUCCAGGUUAAGGGCUGUCACGAGGUUGCACAAAACACAAACCCACAGGCCACCCAGGAAGAUGUCAAGCAAGAUCAUCGUUUCAGUCUUCCAAUGGUGGGCGAACAGUUUUCCGACUAUCAAGAAAUAGAUCAUGGUCGUCAAACCCCCGAUCAGCUCGACCUAUAG